GGCAGAGGUGGAAGCGGGUGUUGCGGUGAAAGUGCGAGCCGAAGACGAGCCAGUAAAGCCCCUUUUUGUUUUUUCUGCGACUCGGUACACGACGGGAGAAAAUGUCUACCGUCAACUGGAAGCCCUUUGUGUUCGGCGGGCUGGCUUCGAUGACGGCGGAGUGCGGGACAUUUCCCAUCGACCUCGCCAAGACGCGUCUUCAAGUCCAGGGCCAGGUGGGCGACAUUAAAUACCGAGAGAUCCGCUACAGAGGCAUGCUCCAUGCCAUGAUGAGGAUAGGACGAGAGGAGGGACUCCGGGCUUUGUACUCCGGAAUCGCUCCUGCCAUCCUGCGCCAGGCCUCCUACGGGACCAUAAAAAUUGGAACAUACCAGAGUUUGAAGCGGCUGCUGGUUGACAGACCAGAGGAUGAGACUCUGCUGACUAAUGUGGCGUGUGGUGUUCUCUCGGGGGUCAUCUCCUCCUCCAUCGCCAACCCCACCGAUGUGCUGAAGAUCCGUAUGCAGGCUCAGGGAAAUGUGAUCCAGGGCAGCAUGAUGGGCAACUUUAUCAACAUCUACCAGGAGGAGGGAACAAGAGGGCUGUGGAAGGGCGUCUCUCUAACAGCUCAAAGGGCAGCUAUCGUGGUCGGAGUGGAGCUGCCGGUUUAUGACAUCACCAAGAAGCAUCUGAUCAUGUCGGGUUACAUGGGGGACACCGUGUACACACACUUCCUGUCCAGCUUUGUAUGCGGUCUGGCGGGAGCUCUGGCCUCGAAUCCAGUGGAUGUUGUCCGGACACGUAUGAUGAACCAGAGAGGAGGAGCGCUGUACCAGGGAACACUGGACUGUCUGCUGCAGACGUGGCGCUCCGAGGGCUUCAUGGCCCUCUACAAAGGGUUCUUUCCCAACUGGCUCCGCCUGGGACCGUGGAACAUCAUUUUCUUCCUCACAUACGAACAGCUGAAGAAGAUCGACGUGUGAUGAGCAGAACGGCGCCGCGAGACACGUAUGAAGAAAAAAAAAGCUCCAAGAUGAGCCGAUUGGACCAAAAUCAGGAAUGGCUGGAUGGUGGUGGAUCCUUGAUGGAACCAACGCGGGGGAAGGGGGGUGCACAAAUGUGGACCUGUGUUAAGGGAUGGCAAGAGAAUCCGCCUGCUUCCUGUUUGGGCUGUAUGUCUCCUGAAGCCUAUGGCAAGUGUGGAAGAGUCUGUGACACACAAACACUCAUCUUUGAUGUUGUAACUCAUCUAAAUCCUACUUUCGGCUUUACCGCUCAACCAUUGGCCGCUCAUGUCACCUAAUUUAUUCACUGUGAAAUUGGAGCGAAUUUCAGGAUGCAGCUUGUUUAUUUCAGUCGGAGGGCUGCUUUAAAGACGGCUCUAAUGUCACGAGGAAAACCAAACACACGAGCGUUUUCAGGCGUCUGCAUUUAAAAUCGAGUGCCUUAGUCUGCGAGGCGGGCUGUCUGAGGACGCAGAAUGUUGGAUAGCAGCCGACAAUCGCCGUGAUCAUUCCCUUUUUGAAAAGAUGAAAAGAAAACAAAGAUGUUUGUGUGCAUGAAUGGACAAAGUUAGUGCUUUUUUUUUGUUGGUUGAUUUUUGUUUGUUUUUUUAUACAUGUUUCUAAAUUGAGAGAUGGGUGUGAGGAAAGAUGGAGUAUUUAAAAAGCAAAGAGCCAAGAAUACAUCCUUGUGUACUGUAAUAAGUUAUUGAAACAGAAAAAACAGUGCUGGUGCUUUGACAGGACACACACACACACACACACACACCACAUGUCCAUAUGUGGUGGGACGACUGGUCCCUCAAGUGUUGACAGUAAAUAUAACCUCAGGCAGCUGCAGCUUGACGCUGCACUCCCUGCCUUCUUAUGUUAUCAUAUAGGUUGCUGUAAGGUGUUACGUAAACCUACAUAUUAUAUUUCCACACACUCCUACUUUUAGACCCCUUAGGUGCUUCAUUUUAUUGCUCAAGGGCGCUAUAGCCACUGCACAUGAUCCACAGCUAUAUUUUCAUAUAAUGUAUUUGCACGCUUAUAAGUGAGCUUUCGUUGUAAGGACUGAUUUCGUUGCUGGCUGUCGUGUGUGAGCUGUUGCUGCUGCCAAAGUGUAAGCCAGUGUACUUUUGUUAAACUUGAUGUAAAAUGCUGCUGUUGUUCUGUAUAUAUUUGAAAUUAAAGGGGGAUAAAAAAAAA